AAAGAAAGUUUCUUCCAAGUUGUCCUCCUCGAAUUGCUUUGGAUACCUGCUUCUGCUUCUUCUUCUUGAUCGGGCCCCCAGCUCCUCCUCCUCCUCUUCUUCUUCUUCUUCUUCUUCUUGGUCCUCGAGUCAGCGAUUCCCCUUUGGGGACGCCACAUUCUCUGAAGGAAAAGGGACGGGGGGAAGGAGAUAAGAAAAUGCUUAAAGAAAACCCAUCUGGUCCUUCUUUUCGUUGAGGAAAUCGAAAAAAGCAAAGCGAGCGAGGAAGAGACAGCGGUCCUCGUCGGACAUUUUGCAGGGCAGUGACUUUCUCCUAGCGUGCUUCAAGACCUUGAAUUGGUGAAUGUAGGUGAACCCCGACUAGAAUUGCAAUAUUGGAUUAUUACUAAUGGGUUGUGUCGCUUCGAGAAUUGAUGAAGAAGAGAGGGUUCGGGUGUGCAAGGAGAGAAAGAGGCUGAUGAAGCAGUUGCUGGUGUUUAGGGAGGAUUUUGCUGAUGCCCUGUUGGCUUACUUAAGAGCACUGAAGAACACGGGAGCGACGCUCCGGCAGUUCACUGAGUCGGAAUCGUUGGAAAUCGAGAACACUUCGUGCGGCCUGGCAUCGCCUCCUUCUCCUCCUCCCCCUUUGCCUCUAUCACCUCCACCUCCUCCGGUUUUCAGUCCGGAUAUUAGGAGGCCCAAUAAAAGUAAGGAAGAGAUUACUAGCAAAGAAGAAAGUAUAGAGAUCGAUGAGGAUUUUAUUUGCGCCCCGCCUCCUCCGCCUUUCCCUGUCUCAUCCUGGAAAUUAGGGGAACCUUUUGAGGCUUCUUUGCUGUUGCACGAGAGAAAGAAUGAAGCGGCAAUGGAAGCGAACUAUGAGGAGAAUUGGGUGGAGAGUAAAACGGAGUUUGAGGGAGAAGAUGGGAUAGAGGAAACUCUGGAAAGGGGGACGGUAGAUCUCUUGCCCAAGAAGGAACAACCUGUGGAGUUGGUUGAUGAUACUUCAUUGCAGAUGAGCUGGAACGGUAAGGAAAGUGCUGAUAUGACCAUGGAAGUUUGGAAAAGCAAGAAGUCCUUGGAGGGUAUUGUGAAGAACUUGGAUGAGUAUUUUCUGGAAGCAUCAGCUCUUGGUGGGGAUAUAGCUAUUCUUGUGGACAUCAAUUCAUGGGAUAGUUUCCCACCCAAGAAAACAAAAGAACACAAGAGGAAGAGAAGCAAUUCUGCUAAGGUUGUGAGUGCUCUUUCGUGGAACUGGUCCUCUAAGUCGCUUCAGCUUACGAGAGAUGCUGCUGAGUGUCCUGGUCCUAGUGAACCCUGCAUGCCGGGUGCUCAUCGGAUUACAAUUGAAAAUUUGUUCACUGCAGAGCAUAAGCUUUAUAAAUACUUAAAGGAAGAAGAAAAUGCGAAGCUAGAGUACGAGAGAAAAUUAUUGUUACUGCAAAAGCAAGAAGAUGAAAACCAUGACUGGGCCAAGACGGACAAAACCAGAUUGACUGUGGAGGGUCUGGAGUCUGACCUGGUUAUUCUGCAGCAAUCCAUUAGUAGAACUUGUGCACUAAUUCUGACUCUAAUAGAUGAGGAGCUCCACCCUCAAUUGGUUGCAUUAACUUCUGGGCUGAUGCACAUGUGGAGAACAAUGUAUAGAUGCCAUAAAGUUCAGAACCAUAUUGCACUCCAAUUAAAUCAUAUUUCAGUGAAUCAAGUAACAAAGCUUUCUUCAGACUUCCAUCGCCAGGCCGCAGUACAGCUCGAGACUGAGGUGGAAUCAUGGUACGACAGCUUCUGCAUGCUCGUUACAUCUCAAAAAGGUUAUGUCAGAACACUCUACAGGUGGUUAAAAUUGACGGAUUGCCUUGCGGAUGAUCAACUCCAGAGUAAUUUCUCUUCUGCACUUUGUACACUUUGCGAGGAUUGGCAGCUUCACCUUGACAGAGUACCUGAUAAGCCGGCUUCAGAUGCCAUCAAGAGCCUUCUAUUGGGUGUCCGCUCUAUCCUUUUGCAACAGGCUGAGGAGCUAGACCUGCAAAAGAAAAUCGAGAAGCUCGAAAAGAAGUUGCAAAAAGAGUCAUCUUCAGUGGAUGAAAUGGAGAAAAAGCUCGAGCGAGGCUUUUCCACAGACAACUUGACUUUGGAUUUGGGUCCUAAUCAUCCUCUAACACUGAAGCGUGCGAAGAUCGAGGCCUUGAAGAAACGGGUGGACGAUGAGAAUGCCAAGUUUGCGAACUCGGUCGAGGUCACCAAGGCCAUGGCCCUGAACCACCUCAAAAAUGGCCUGCCUCGCGUUUUUCGGGCAUUGAUGGAAUUCUCGAGCGCUUGCACUAGGGCAUUCGAGGCUCUUAAUAACCGUGGCGAGCAGGUAGACGCCCAUGUAGAUGAGUCGCGGGUUUUACCCGUGUGAUUUCAUGGGUGCCUCGGGCUGUGUGUGUAGCUUGUUUCAUCAUUUGGUAACAAUGAUAAGGUGGCGUUGCAUUUGCAUGGAUAUACCUGUGAAUUCUUUCUAAUUUUUGGUUUGAUCUUAGCUU